CCGCCGCGCUCUCUCCCUGCAGAUAGCCCGCUGCCAGUGACGCUCCUGGGCUCGCCAUGGUGACCCCUGCAGCCCGCUGGUGCUCCGUGGUGCUCACCCUGCUCUUCGUCCUGCACCAAGGGAAGGGCCAUCUGCCUCAGGGAUCCGCGCCUGCCGCGGGAGUCCAAAGCAACCACUUGCGCCUCAAGAGAUGUUCCUGCAACAGCUGGUCGGACAAGGAGUGUGUCUACUUUUGCCACUUGGACAUCAUCUGGGUGAACACGCCAGGACAGACCACUCCUUAUGGCCUGGGAAAUCCGCCAAGGCGCCGCCGCCGAGCCCUGAGCAGGUGUGAGUGUGCCAGCUCCAGAGACCGCAUCUGUGCCACCUUCUGUCACCUUCCCCAACCAAGGUACCCGACUAAGCCAAAGAUGCCCUCCCACAGCGAGCCUUCAGCAACCUCUCCUCUCCAGAACACAAGGGUGGAUGCUGGCAGUCGGCUCCUAAGGGCACUAAGGGACAUUGCCAAAUCCCGGGCCCACUUGACCAGGUGGCAGAACACAUCUCCUGGAGGCUCCAGACCCAAUCUGCUGUCUCAGAGGAGGAAGAGAUAAAAACAGAAGAGAACCACAUUGGCCUGAAGAACCCCAGACUCCCAAGGGCUUCCAAGCCUCUGGCCCAGUUAGAUACACAUAGGAAGGAAGUUGGAGAAGCAGCGUGUGGGCAGCUGAGAGAACAGAGCCAGCCAUCAAGGGUGGAGAUGGUACUGGAUGCUGGACACCCUGGCUCCCCACCUCCAACAUGCUGCUGCUGCUGCUGCUGCUGGGACCAGCAGGGUCUCAUGAGGACCCUACAACAUCUCACUCCUCCUGGGCAAUGCUUAGAGGGUCCAGGGUAGAUUGUGCCAACUCAUGGGGUCCACUUAGACACUGACCUGGAACCCCAAAGUCAGCCCACCCCAGGCCCAGCCUGCAACAGGAAGGCCUACCCUGGAGUGCUGUUUCUCCUCCUUGCUCUUCUUCCAACGUUGCUCAUCACCCAGGACGCUUUUCUGCCAUGUUCCUUCUCCAGCCCUUUCAGGGGACCAUGUGAUAUAGUGGAAAAAGCACUAAUGUGGAGUCAGACGACCCUGGGUUUGAAUCCUGCCUCUGUUGCCUGCCGUGUGACUUUGGGGCAAGUCAUCUUCCCUCCAUGGGCUCCCGUUUCUUCUUUGGAAACAUCGAUGGGGGAGGGGGGUUGGACCAGAUAACUACUAAGGUCGCUUUCAGCCCCAAAUCUUCUAUCCUAUAAAGUCCCUACUGUGUCCAAGGCCUUCUGUGCCAGGCUGCACAGUGGGAGACACAGUGUGUGAGACUGACCAGCAGGAGUGUACUGGCCUCUCUGGUCUAGUGUGUGUGUGU